CUCAGACUCGGACUGGCUCCGAGCCUCCGAGUGAGUCCGUGGUUCCAACCAGCAUCGCAUUCUUCCUGCUGCUCGCCUGCUCCAGAAUGUUCCCCUCCAGCUCCGCCACCGGCCCCCGCUUCCUUCGCCCCUUCACCGCCACCGCACCCCGCCGUGCCAUGGCGGCAUGCACGGGCGCCCCAAGCGACCCGCCGAUGCAGCAGUCUUCUCCCACCAAGGCGGUGCGCGUGGUGGUGAAGGGACGCGUGCAGGGCGUCUUCUUCCGGGACUGGACCGUGGAGAUGGCGCGCUCCCUGGGGCUCGCCGGGUGGGUCCGCAACCGCCGCGACGGCACCGUGGAGGCGCUACUCUCCGGGGACCCGGACAAGGUGGACGAGAUGGUGUCCCGGCGGAUCCCCGUCGGCCCGCCCGCCGCCGUCGUCACCGCUGUUGUACCCUCCCCCGCUGAACCGGUCUCCCCCGACGAUGGCUUCCACCGCAAGCCCACCGCCUGAUUUAUGGCUGGUUCAUCGGCCAUCCGUGGGGCGUGGUCAUUGGCGAGCGGCGCCACUCGCCUGUGGUAAUCAAUCUACUGAAGAACACUGAAGAACACGUACAUUCUUUUCCUGGAGAUUGCUAGCGCUAAUUUAUGGUGUUGAAUCAAAUAAUCUCAAUCUUGACGAGGAGCUGCUUCGAUGAGUGGACAAGGAUUGUGACUGCUCGAUACACUCGGUUCUUGUGAUCAUGUCUUAUGCAGACCUGUGAACUGUGGUGUUUCUGACAACUAUGCCGUGCCUGUAAUUAUCUACUAUGUUCCGAGAGAAACGGUUAUGUACGGCUUAUUUGCGCUUACUUUGCUUUAAUAUUUCUAUGGAUUGUUUCAAAAAAAAAACUAUGGAGAUUGCCUAGUGUUCA